AUGACAUCCACAACUACCACAUUGGCCGGCACCACCCCCAUCCAAACAACUUAUUCCACUCAAGCCGAAGUGGACGAUGCUCACAGCACACUGCACGCAACUUUCCGUACUGGCCUCACCAAAGAUUUGGCGUGGCGAAGAUGGCAGCUCAAGCAGAUGUGGUGGAUGAUGGACGAAAACACGGAUCGCAUAUUCGACGCCCUCAAGGCAGAUCUCAACCGGCACCAAUUUGAGAGUUUGUUUACAGACAUCAGAGCUGUAAAAUCCGACAUCAUUUCUCACUUGAAAAACCUCGAGGACUGGACAUCCACACAGCCCAUCAACACGGGGAUCCCCUUUGGGUCGAAGCUCUUGAAGGCGCGCGUUCGCAAGGAUCCACUCGGGGUCGCCUUCAUCAUAGGUGCUUGGAACUAUCCACUGAUGCUUUUGCUCCAGCCCGUCAUCUCUGCCAUCGCCGCCGGCUGCUGUGUGCUGCUUAAACCGUCGGAUUUAAGCGCCCACUGCGAGCGGCUUCUGCAGGAGCUCGUGCCCAAGUAUCUAGACCCACGCGCCAUCCGCGUCGUCACGGGCGGGCCGGCCGAGACGGCCUACAUGCUCGAGAAGCGCUUCAACCACAUCUUCUUCACGGGAUCCACCAAGAUCGGCCGCGUCGUGGCCGCAGCCGCCGCCAAGCACCUGACCCCGACGGUACUGGAGCUCGGCGGCCAGGACCCGGCCAUCGUGCACAAGACGGCCGACAUUGACUACUCUGCGCGGCGCAUCGCCUACUCAAAGUUCCAAAACGCCGGCCAGGUCUGCCUCUCGGUCAACCACGUCUUUGUCGACCCCGCGGUGGCCGAAGACUUCAUCGAGCGCGUCUCGUACUGGUCCGCCAAGUUCGUCGAGGGCGACGCCAAGGACCACCUGUGCCGCAUCGUCAACGACCGCAACUUUGACCGCCUCUGCGGCCUCCUCGACGCCACCUCGGGCAAGGUCGCGCACGGCGGCGCGCGCGACCGCGAGACCUGCUACAUGCAGCCGACCGUCGUCCGCAACGUCACCAUGGCGGACCCGCUGCUGUCCGAGGAGCUGUUCGGCCCCAUCCUGCCCGUCGUCGUGGCCACGCCCGAGGAGGCGAUCCGGGCCAUCGACGCCGGGCCGUCGCCGCUGGCGCUGUACAUCUUUGCGCGCGACGACGCCUUUGUCGAGCACGUGCUCGACCGCACCCUCUCGGGCGGCGUGACGGUCAACAACGUCAUGGUGCACGCUGGGAUCGGCGACGCCCCGUUCGGCGGCGUCGGCGACUCGGGCCACGGCGCCUACCACGGCCGCCACGGCGUCGACAGCUUCGUGCACCACCGCCCCGUCGUCCAGACCCCGUCCUGGCUCGACAAGCUCAUCGGCUUCAUGUAUCCGCCGUUCGACAUGGCCCACGCCGGCAAGAUGGCCGUCAAGAACUCGCUGGGCUUCAAAAAGGGCGAGACCAUGGAGGAUCAGCGCCGCGUCGCUGGGCGCAGCGGUCUCUGGUAUGCCACUGCCGUGGGUGUUGGUAGCGUGGUGGCUGUUGUAGGUGUGAGGUAUUUGUAG